AUGACCUCCAAUACCGCCAACCCCCCGGUCGCCGACCAUCAUACGACGCCGCGCUUCGUUCGCGGCUCCGUCGUCCCGCACCUCGAUACCUCGACGCCUGCCAUCAACGCCGGCGCGCCUGUCGAGAUCGACGGUACGCCCACGUCGCCUGAGAACAGGCAGCAGCAGCGGAUGACGACAGCUUCUCUUGCAAGGAACCGAGCAGGUGAUGAUGAUCGGCCAGUGAGGAGCGGCAGCAGUCCAGAUCAUUUGGCGAGGGAAACGGAAGUAUUGGAGGAAUUUGGCUUGAGUGGGAGAGAGGGCGAAGAGAAUCGCGCCGCUCUGCUGCAGUCGCGCAAAAGUGACCCAGCAGUCCUAGUCGACAUACCGCAAGGCCCUUCUGUUGAGGAUUUUGCCGCCGCUGGUCUCUUGAGCCCAGAUACCGAUGAAAGGAAGGUCGAUGCGGCCACAUGA